GCCCGCGCCGCACCGCGCUGCGCUGGCGCCCUCCUCCUCCCUCCUCAGUUGCCCGUGUCCCGCAGCCGGCGCCUCACCAGGGGCCCCGAGAGCCCGAGCGCCGCCCGCCGAGCCGCGCGCCGAGCCGCGAGCUGCUCCACGUCGCGUAGUGCGUGUCCGUGCCCCGCGCGCGUGCCGCGCGUGCGCCGCGAGUGUCAGUGCAGCGAGUGCCGCGAGUGCAAGUGAGUGCAGCGAGUGCAGUGCAGUGUGAGGCUAUGCCCGGUGCCGCCGGAUGUGGCGGCCGUGGCCACCGAGGCCCUCCGCGAGGCCGGCGCGGCGCGUCCUGAGCACCUGAGCGCCGGGCCGGGACCAGCGCGGUGACAUGGUCGCUGGCGGCGCGGCCGCCGCCGCUGCCCCUGGGAGUGGGGGAUCAUCGCGAGCCUCUCCGGGAUUCGCCGUCAUCGCCAUCCUCGUCGUCGGCGUGCUGCCGCACCUCGUCGUGGACGUGGCGGCCAGCAGGGGGUUCGCCAUCCCCAAGCCUCAAGUGACGGCGCACACGGUGAUGGCCGUGGAGGGGACGGCGGUCCAGCUGCCGUGCGACGUGCAGGCGCCCAGCCAUGACAAGGUCUACAUGGUGCUGUGGUUCCGGGACGACGCCGGCCUCCCGCUAUACAGCUUGGACGUGCGUGGUAAGCCGCUGGAGGAGGCCAAGCACACGUCCACUUCGGAGGGCUUCGGGACGCGAGCCUACUUCCGCACCAUCUCGGAGACGGCCCAGCUCGUUGUGAACGACAUCCGGAGGCACGACGAGGGCGUGUACCGCUGUCGGGUUGACUUCCGGCACUCGGCGUCGCGCUCCUUCCGGUACAACCUCACCGUCAUAGUGCCGCCGGAGCCGCCCGCCGUGCUGGACCACCGGGGCCGCCAGCUCAACUCCACCGUGGGCCCGCACCGCGAGGGUGACAACAUCUCGCUCACCUGCCGCGUCGUCGGAGGCAAGCCUCAGCCUCGCGUUCGCUGGCUCGUCAACGACUCUGUGGUGGACGACGUUUCGGAGUCGAACGCGGGUGACGUGAUCGAGAACCACUAUACGCGUCACAACGUGUCGCGAGAUGACCUCAAUGCCGUGCUCAUCUGCCAGGCUGUCAACACAAACCUGACGGAGCCGCGGCAGGCCGCGCUGCGCCUCGAGCUCAACCUGGCGCCGCUCACGGCCCAGAUUACCUCAAAGCAGCAACCGCUGGCCGCCGACCGCGAGUACAAGGUGUCCUGCGAGUCUGCAGGCUCUCGGCCACCUGCCAUCAUAACCUGGUACAAGGGCGAGCACCCCCUCAUCAAGCGCACCAGCGUGGAUAACGCGCGCGAGAACGUCACUGUCUCACACCUCACGUUCACGCCCAGCACCGAGGACAACGGCAAGGAGCUGACCUGCCGGGCGGAGAACCCCAACAUCACGGGCCUGUUUGUGGACACGUCGUGGAGGCUGGAUGUCGUCUACGCCCCUAUUGUGGAACUCCGCCUCGGCAGCUCCCUGAGCCGGGAGGACAUCAAGGAAGGGGACGACGUCUACUUCGAGUGCAUCGUCAAGGCCAACCCGCCCCUGCGGAAGCUCAACUGGCUGCACAAUGGCCAGCCGCUCAACCACAACGCCUCGGCGCGCAUCCUGCGCUCCAACCAGUCGCUGGUGCUGCAGCGGGUCACGCGCCAGUCGGCCGGCACGUACACCUGCGUGGCCAUCAACCCCGAGGGCGAGUCCACCAGCAACCAGCUCGACUUCCGGGUCAAGUUCGUGCCCACGUGCCGCUGGGAGCGCGGCGUGGUCGGCGCCAUGCGCGGCGUGCCCGUCGACGUGCUGUGCGCCGUCGAGUCGGACCCGCCCGCGCGCAUCUACCGCUGGAAGUUCAACAACAGCGGCGAGACGCUCGACGUACCCAGCGAGCGCUUCUCGCACAACGGCACCCACAGCGUGCUGCGCUACACGGCGCACUCGGACCACGACUACGGCACGCUGACCUGCGCGGCAGAGAACAGCGUCGGCGUGCAGCAGGAGCCGUGCGUCUUCACCGUCAUCAGCGCCAGCCUGCCAGGGCAGCCCCGCAACUGCACGCUGCUUAACCAGACCUCCAGCUCGGUGGAGGUUUGGUGCCUUGCUGGGCCGGACGGCGGGCUGCCGCAGCACUUCAUCCUGGAGCUCUUCACGGCCUCGGCGGCCUCCGCCGUUCCCGUGGUGCGCUACAAUGCCACCGACCGGCCUGUCUUCCUGCUGUCGAACCUGGAGCCGGACGUGACCUUCAAGGUGGUUGUCGUGGCCGCCAACGACAAGGGCCGCUCCGCACCCGUCGCCGUCAGCGAGCUCACCUUCGGCGACCCGGAGAAGCGGAUAGCGGCCGACGGCGACCUGGCCAUGUCUCCGCUGGUGGCGGGCGCCGUCAUCACCGUGGCCCUUUGCCUCGUCUGGGCCACCCUCUGCAUCGCCGUCCACGUCCGCCGCGGCCUCAAGGCGGGCGCGCGGGGCGGCGCGGGCGUCGGCGGCCGCGGGGAGAAGGCUCCGGGUGCGGGCCCGCCGCCGGGCAAGACGGCGGCGCACGCCCGGGACCCGCUCGACGAGAAGGACCCCGACAUCAUCCCUGCCAAGUUUGACCCAGUGAUCCAGAGGCCGGUGGGCAACGGGACGCUGUCCAACCACGGGCACUCGGAGCACCCCGUCAGUCCCCUGGGGCCGCCCGGGCCGGGGCCAGGGCCGCUGCAGGGCAACGGGGGGCCCCAGCCGACCCCGGUGCUAGCGGCGCACCCUGCGGUUAGGGGCACGUCGCCCGAACACUGGGUGCGGAACAAAAGGAAUUCGGCGGGAUUCGAAACGGUGACGCACCACUUCGGCGACUCGGGUGCGGCCUAUUCGUGGGACCUUCGGCCCAAGGACCUGCGCCUGUCGCCCGGCUCGGGGGCGCCGGGGGCGCUGGGGGCGGCGGGGCUGCUCGGCGGGGAGAGAAGAGACUUGGAGCUGAACGGCACGGCCAUCAAGGAGAGGCUCAUGUCGUCCCGAGUACCAGAGAGCUGCGUGUGAAGUCUUGAAAGUGUGCUCACUGUUGGAAAAAAAAAACACCACGAUAUUUUCACAGUUUACGAUUUUGUUUCGUAUUAAAGUAACGUCAAACUUUCAAAGAAAAUGAGAACAUUUAAAAUUAAGAUGUUAAACUUUACUUGUUUUCCAUUCUACUGGAUAGGCAUUAAUUUGUCUAAUUUCUUCCACUGUGUUUGCUGGAAUUUUCUGAUUUUUUUUUUUAAGUUUGUCUCAAGAUACGGCGUUGUUGUUGUUUAAGAUGUGUCGCACAAUGUUGUUUGUAAGCGGAGAGGAGCGUUUUGAUUCUUGUACCGUCUCGUCCCGACUGAGGGACGAUGUCACACUCGACUGAUUUACAAUAUAAAUUAAUUUUAAGCCUUUCACUCUUCUGAACCCUCAUACAAUGCGUUGUAUUGUGGACGUGGUCCCGAGCUGUUGUGCCCAAGAGACGCGCUGGUUUACUCUUGGUACAUGAAAGAGAAUUUGGGGGUACUGGACGGGGUGAUAUGCAGUGUCUUCAAGCCCGUUCUUGCACAGUAUUUGGGGACAGUUGAAUGUUAACAAUUGUAUCAGACGACUAUGGAGCCUGAAGACGAAUGUCCAGUAUUUCCUCAGAUGUACACUGGUAGGGACCCCUCAGUCUUAUCGCUACAGAGUGUAUACAGAGAACUGAAAGAAAUCUUUUUAUACAAUGCUAUGUUAAUAUAAUGCGUACAGAGAGUAUGUAUUUGCGUUAGAUUUAUGAGAAUUGUAUUGUAAAUACUGUAAAGAAAUUACGGAUCUGCGUCUGUGUUCAUUACAAACUAGGAAAAUUUUAUCACAAUUUCUAGAUCAAAUUUGCCAUCAUGCUAUCGGUUAUGAGGAUUACCCCUACUCGGCUAAAGAUAUACCUGUCCUCACAAUAUGGCUACACAGUAUCAUUACUUCAUGUGUCCAAACUGUCACUUCUGCAUUCAUGAGCCAUAUCCUAAGAGGUGGCCCAUUUUUUAUUUAAAAUAUCAAAGCAUAUCGCAUUAAAAUCAUGUAUCCGUUCAUAUCAUGCAGAACAUUAAUUUCGAUAGAGACUGAGAACGAAAAUUCAACAUAGACACCUUUGCCAUUACCUAGUGUUGACGCAAAACGAACAAUCCGUCUCUAUCAUGACGUAAAAUUUUCAUGUGCAUACAUGUUUGGUAAAAUCAUAUGACCGUAUUUGCAUUUCUAGGGGACACAAAGUCCUCAAAGCUUUCGAGUAGAGCAAACGGUUGAUAGAUCGUCAAUCACAUUCAAAUUACACAGCAACUUCAUAUAAUAUAUUUUUUGUAACAAGUUUUGCCGUUAAAUAAAGAAUAAUACUGUAAUUAAGGGAAGAACUCUUCUUUUGUAAAACUACUGAGAGUGAGAAUAAACUGACAGGUCAGGAAACUGUU